AUGAGAAGAGUUCUUAAUUUAUCUCCUCUUGAAAAUAUAGAAUCUAAAAGUGACACGAAAUAUGUGCUCAAAUUCGUCCAGCAACCAUUAUUUGCCAGAGAAAGUACUAAAUCCAAACGAUUGUUGCAACCGCAUCCCAUCAUAUCAUUAAACGUCUUUGUGAAAACUGGAGAUGGAACCUAUUCUGAUGUCACCAGUCAUAAUUUGUCUCUGUUCUUCUUAAAAGCUUCAGUGAUAGAAACCAACAACCCCAACUCGGACGUUGAUGAUGUCCUCACUCCCUAUGGCGUAUCGUCUACUGAACGCCCUCAAGUGAGGAUAGGUUUAGACGAUGACAGCAUGCUUGUGGGUAAUCUGGUCAUUAAUGCAGCGUUAUACAACAUCCCUGAUAAGAAGGAUUUGAAGAUCAUCAAUAGUAAGUUCAACAAGGUGGAUAGCCAAUCUUCGGAGCCAUCAUCGUCGCAAAAAGACUUAUUGUCAGAAGAACCAAAGCGAACCAGCGGCCGCAAAUCCUUGGUAUAUCCAAGUUUCGAGCUGUUAAGAAAUGAUAUUGCGAAUUCUAGCUCUGGAAACCAUUCGAAUUCUGGUGAACUCAUCGAGCACAAUAAAAACAACAAUAAUGGGGUGAUGGUUUUCUUGUUUAAUGAUUUAGGAAUUGUCAAGCGGGGCACAUGGAAAUUGAAAUUAGAAUUGUUUAAAGUCGAAUCAUUCCAACACCACUCCAAUCCAAAUUCUAACAUGCUUGCUCCUCAAAUCACAAAGCUCAAUGAAAUCAUAUCUGAUGAGAUCAGUGUCUAUGGAUCUCGCCAAUUUUAUAAGAAGGAAAACCAAAUUAAGUUUCAUCAAGAAUUAAAACGAGCAAAACUCAGGUUGUCUAAUGAUUGUAUUUUGAAUUACUUGAAAAGAAUACGAGUAUUGCGAGAAACGGUUGAUGAUUCUGGGAAAAGUAAGGAAAAAUAUUUAGAUGAGCCUGGUGAAGAACCUUUCAAAAAGCCUCCGGUUGAAUAUCCAUCCAAAAAGCCAAACCGAAUGACCACUAUUGCUACCACUAGAAUAAUCAAUAAUCCUACCGCCAGUGACUAUUCACAAUAUCAACAAAGACAACCUUACCCUUAUCCUCACCCACCACCACCACCACCGCCACCACCACCACCUUAUGGUAACCCUUCUUACAAUUACAAUUACCCAAACCCUGCCCAUUUUCCACAAGGGACAUUUAUGACUUUUGAUUCUUACAGACCAACAAACUUUCCUAUUAUUCCCCUGAUGCACCAUCGACUGCAUUUCAACCGCGGAAGUACCAAACUCCCCUCCCUCAAUCCAGACGUGCCUCCUUAUCAUAAACACACCCAACAGCCCGAGAACCCUCCACCAGCCCCAAAUAAUAGAGCUCCGCCAAUUACCAAACUCCCUUCCUUGGAAAUAGAGCCGGAACAAUCGCAGGGGUUCAAAAAGGAGGAAAAAGAGGACGAAGAUCCCAAAAAGAGAAAAUUGGAAGACUAUGAUGAUCGAAUGAGUAUUAAGAGGCUAUUAUUAGCAUAG